UGGAGUCGGUCGUGGAAUACGGAACAGUUCGGUGGGAAAGUGGAAAUUAAUUAAAAACUGGUCAGUUAGAAUGAAUGCAGUGAAUUGAUUUAAUUGUCAAGUGUGAACAGAGUUGUGUCAUUAAAUAUUGACCGCAGAUCAUUAAUCUCGAAUAACAAGUGUUAAACUGCCAUUAGUGAGGGUGAUGAAUGAGGCCGCCAGCCAGUGCUUGAGAUUGAAUGGUAAUACUCCGGCGAGGUUAUCUGAGUGGAAACCGCCAAGUUCAAACAUUGUUCAGUGAGGAAAAUUUGUAGCACCUGAUUGCGCUGUUUCCGUGGCAAGUGAAACAACGCAGAAAAUUGUGGAAACUCCUGUUAAUGGAUUACUGCCGACAGACGGGAAACAAAGGAAACAAAUGUGUAUUAAAAUACGAGGAUAUUCGCGGCUUUAGUUGAAGAGUUUGCUGACUCCCUGGUAAACGACCAUCCAACGAAGUAAGCGGAUAAUCCUGGACUCUGAUGAAGUGGGAGCCUUGCAUUACGUGUGACAGAUUAUGUUGUAAUGUAGUCCUGUUAAGUGUGUUUAAUGGAAUAGAUCGGCUGAAACCACUCGGAAAAAGCUUCACUUUGGCGGCAAUCAGGACCACACACAGGAACACACACAAACGCCGCGUGGGAAACGUUGGCGAAUUCAUCGUUUCCACCUUGCAAAUAAACCAGCAUUUUCCGGCCAAACAUUGUAAAACGAUAAAAAAUCAUGAAAAAUUCACUCGACAAAAUGAAUACAUAAAUAAAUAAAUAAAUAAAGCAACAAUCGCAUAAACUACGGCUUUUGGUGCUCAGCAGCAGAAGGGUGGCCGGGAAUUGUGUCUGUGCAGUGCACAAUCCCCGAUGCAAAUACUCCCGAUGACGGUAGAAACCAGAAGCCAUUGUCAGCCAACACCAACGUCAUCAUCGCCUGCUAUGCGAAUGUUUGAUUUGUAGCGCGCGGAUGGAAAUUUCUUCCCGAUAUUUUCAUACCGAAGAAAUCUACCGCAAAACGCAGAACGGUGGCGGCGGAUUCCUCGAGCUAGAACGAAGUGCGGUUCGUUAGGCAGUAGAAUAAUGCAACGGGAAGUGAUGCAAAUUUGAUUGCAAUUUUCGACGAAGUGCAUGAACUGUGGAAUCAAGUUUGAAUUCAGUAAAUUUGUUGGCGGGAACAGUGAUCAACUUCGACUGUGGAUUGCGCGUCAAUUAUGGUCUGUUUGUAUGAUGGACCUUGGUAAAGUGCAUUAAACAGUUUGUUCAAUGUUUUCCUGCUUUGAAAUAGAGAUUCGAAUUAUAACAAGUGAUCACUAAUUGUCCAAAUAACCCGUUUUGAUUCAUCGAUUACUAAGAUUUAGACUUCAAUCCUGAACAACUAAUAUGUUAAAAUUAGGUUUUAAAUGCUUCAAAUAUUGAUAUUUAAUCUUCCAGUGGUGGAGUUUUUUUUAAGCAUACGUCCACUGACCGCUAAAAAAAAGUCUAAAUUAUUGAUAAUCCCUAACUGCCCGCAACAACCAUCAUUGCUGAUUAGCUACGAUAACAGUACGGGAAAAAACGAACAAUGCAAAGGGAAAUUACACAUCUACCAUCUGCGUUAAGCUAAAACCAGUGACCCAGUGUGAGUGAGUGUAAUCUAGCUAAGAGAAAAGAGUCACCCUCUGCCGAGAAAACAAAUGGACUGUCAUGAAUUAUGAAAAUGAUUUAACGCUGGACCUAAGCAGGACAAGCAUCAUCAUCAGCAGCAGAAGCAGCAGCAGACCGCGAUGGACGGAGAAAACCGGAUCAUCCUCAACGUGGGUGGCAUUAGAUAUGAGACCUACAAGGCGACACUCAAAAAAAUCCCCGCCACUCGAUUAUCGCGGCUGACCGAGGCACUAGCGAACUACGAUCCAAUUUUGAAUGAGUACUUCUUCGACCGACAUCCCGGCGUGUUUGCCCAAGUGCUCAACUACUACCGCACCGGAAAACUACACUACCCAACGGAUGUCUGCGGGCCGCUGUUCGAGGAAGAGCUGGAGUUCUGGGGUCUGGACUCGAACCAGGUGGAACCGUGUUGCUGGUCAACCUAUAGCGUACACCGAGACACUCAGAGCACUUUGGCCAUAUUGGACAAACUGGAGCUGGACGACGAGCAGCCGUCGGAGGAAGCCAUCGCCCGGCUUUUUGGCUUCGAGGAGGCACUGCUCAACGGGGAGCUGACCUGCUGGCAGCGGACGAAGCCUAAGAUUUGGGCCCUGUUCGACGAACCGUCGAGUUCAACCGGGGCGAAGAUCGUCGCUGGAAUAUCGGUGUUCUUCAUAUGCAUUUCUGUGAUAUCUUUCUGUCUGAAGACACAUCCGGGACUUCGCGUCGAAAUUCCGGCUAUUAUGAACGUCUCGAGCAACGGUAGCAGUACCCUGCUAGCGAAUUUCACUAGCAUCGGUGGUUUCCUACCAACGAACUCCCCGGGCAGUAGUGGUAGUAGCAGCGACAGCAUCAACAGUAGUAGUAGCACCACUAGUAGCGGUGGCAGUAGUAUUAUUAGCACUAAAAGUAGUAGCACCAUUGACGGUGCUGGCAGUGGUCCAGGUGCUCCUCGUCCACCUCCCCGAACAGCGGAACCAUCAACCACCAACAGACUAGGGUCGGCCAGCUUCGGAGGAGGUCUGUUUACGCAACGUUCCGGUCGGUUAAUUUCGUCCGCCUAUCGGAUGCAGUCCGGCAAGGGGUCCAACAUUGUCGACAACUGGCAGGAGACGUACGGGCAACCACACGAGGCAUUCUUCUACGUCGAGCUGGUGUGCAAUGUUUGGUUUAUCAUCGAGCUGAUGGUUCGACUUGUGGUCACCCCGAACAUCUUCCAGUUCAUCAAAUCACCGGUGAACAUCAUCGAUCUGGCGGCCACCCUAAGCUUCUACACCGACGUAUGCCAACGGAUGGGCGAACAUACGGGUCUGCUGGAGGCAUUUUCCAUCGUCCGGAUCCUGAGACUGUUCAAGCUGACGCGGCAUUCGCCGGGAUUGCGGAUUUUGAUACACACCUUCAAGGCAUCGGCCCGGGAGUUGACGCUGCUGGUGUUUUUUCUAGUGCUCGGAAUUGUUGUCUUCGCCAGUUUGGUUUACUACGCCGAAAAGCUGCAGGAUAAUCCAGAUAAUCAGUUCAAGAGCAUCCCGCUCGGGCUGUGGUGGGCCAUCGUCACCAUGACCACCGUCGGGUACGGCGAUAUGGCGCCGAAAACCUACGUGGGAAUGUUUGUGGGGGCGCUUUGUGCCCUGGCCGGUGUGUUGACAAUCGCACUGCCCGUUCCUGUCAUCGUUAGCAACUUUUCCAUGUUCUACUCGCAUACGCAGGCACGUUCCAAACUGCCGAAGAAACGCCGACGGGUGCUACCUGUGGAGCAGCCGCGAAGAAAACGGGAACCCUGUCCCGCCAACCGGAGGGUGAACGCCAUGAAGCACCAGCACCAUGGCCAUGCGACACAUCCCGCCAUCUUUAAGGACGCUUUUGGUGGGGCGAAAAUCGGGCACGUGAAUGGUGUGAACGUAAUAGGUCUUACACUGCAGGGGCCAUCGGUUCCGGGAUUGGCCGUGAUGAAACCACCCUCCAUAAUGCAGCAAGGUGACUUUAUUAAUGUUCCCCAGCUCAGCUCUCUGCAACCCCGGCAGCCAACGACCGGAAACGUGGAUUUAUUGUUUCCAUUACAACCGAAACUGCUGGUCCCGUUGGCCGAUCGACGGGAUUCCAAUCGUCUCCAGCCACCACCGCCAAUGACGACGGCAUGCAGCGCAGCAACAUCCACUACUGCAUUCCAGCAGGAAAUCCCACUGGAACCGAAAGUAACCCUGCAAAACGAUUCGUGUUCAUCGAACUGCGGCCAUGAUACUCCCAGCGGGGACGAGGUCUGAAAGGUUAAAGCUUUACUGUCGACGGUCUGUUGCGAGUACUUUGAAUGUUCCUGGCUGCUAGCUGUUGCGGCUGCUGCUUCUUAUGUCAAGGAAUGGAUUUAUAGGAAGAAGAAAAAAUAAUGGAAAGGUGAAAAAUUGAAUCCUCGCACAUUUCUUCGGAGCACAUUCAACCGCUUAUCGUGCAUCUCCACCGAGAGGAUGGAGUGGUGGAAACGCAUGGUGCUUUAUUGUUGGUAUCUAAUUGUUAUCUUGGAAAUCGAAUUUGAAAAAUAUGUUUAAACGUGCUUAAUUGUUUUAAGCGAAAAAAGCGCAGAAUAUUAUUGUACAACCAUUGUCGGUGGCGUUUAAAAUAAUAUAUCAAUUAUUAAGUGAGGUAAAGUGAAAAAAUCUAAUUCUCGUCGUAAAAUGCCAAAAGCAACGCAGCUUACUAAUUUAACGCAAUUUUGCUGUACCGCUCAAAAACCUUCCAAAUUAUUGAGGAAAUGAUUAUCACACUUAGCAUAGUUGAACAAAGCCAACGUCAAGGUUCAAUAGUGUACUUAUUCAUGAUGAUACGGAGGCGGGAAAACACCGUUAAACAGAAGACAAAAGUGCAAAAAUAUGUUACAAGAAGGAACGAGACUAUACUUGUACAAGUACAAACACAAUUUCGGAAGCGGAACGGGUCGACAGAAAACAAGAGAAAAAGGAUUACAGGCCUGCAGUGGAGAUGAUACAAUAGCGGCAGUUGCAACAACAGCAGUUAAUAUGAACGAAUGAAUGCGAUGUAGGAAAGUACGCAGAAGUACAACUAUUUUUUUAUACCGGAAUGUAGUCGGUUGUAAGGGAAAGUUUUAGCAGAUAGAGAUUAUUGUACGUCCUCGUGUGAGACUUUUAGCGGAAUCAUUUAGGCUGCGAAGCCAGGAUGCAGUUCGAAAUUUAUAGAAAGGUACAUGUUGGGUUUUGAGCCAGUGCGACGGUUUUGUUUUAGAAAAGGAAUUGUUCGUUUCGAGUCAUACUUGCUGUUGGUAGUAUUUGAAGACGAAAACAAAUAUACUCAUAUAGAGGAUAGCAACUAAGGAAGUUGAAGAUGAAAUUCUAGAUGUUUGAUCAAAAAUACGCGAUUCAUUGAUAUACGGAUAAGUAAAGAGUUGUACAUUAUUUUACAGUUGUCAACUACAUUUCUUAUUAAGGAAAAAAUAUUAAGUUUAGUAUUUAGUUAUGAUGUAAUAGCUGAAA